AUGGGUCAAGGUCCUAGCUCCGGACCCGGCCAUCGGAGUCGUGGUUCUUGGCAUGCCAUCGAUCCAACACCUAACGGUGAAGGUGAAAGUGACAGCGAUAGUAUGGGGGGUUCAGCUUCAAACAGGAAAAGGUUUCUGCAUUUUGAAUCAGAUCUCAGGUCCAACUGGGACACUCAGGCCAUUAAUCCUAUCAGGUCCUUGAAUGCUUCGUCCACCCGUCUAUUCAUUGUAGGAAGUUCGUUCGGCACCAUCGUUUUGCUGGUUAUCGUAGCCGCUUACAUGCGAGGAAGACGGCUACGGCGUUUACGAAUAGGUGCCCCAUGUACCGACGGAGAGGUCGUUCGGGAUUUGGAAGAUCAGAAGAUCGUCCAGAUGGCCGACGGUCAGGAUGAAGAUGUACCACCGUAUUUCUCUAUACAUUAG